AUGUCCCGUACACCGAUCCCGAAUCAAGGAGCGCCUAUUUGCGAAGGGCUGGAGCUGCUUCCCCCCUCCGUCAGUAGGCCAAGCAGCAUCCGUGGAUCCGGCAGGAACAGCACAGAUCCGUUGGCCAAUUCAACGAUCAGGCCUACGGAAGCUGGACGGGCAUCAUCGAGGCCAUCCUCGAGGGCAUCAUCUACGCGAAAUGAGACACUGAACGAGUUAGUAAGGAGAGCUCGCGAAGCCAAGCGCGAGCUACAAGCGAUCGAACGUGAAAUUGCGGAAGUUGUGGUGGAUACAACUUCGUCGAUUGCUGAAAAGGAAGACGAAAUUGAUCAGUGGCUACGUGAUACGGACCGUAUAGGUGAAACUGAUCAAAGGCAACCAGUGGUUCGUGCCCAAGCCACCGCCAAAAGGCCGGUACAACCGCAGAGUAGUUUCCUCCCGCCUUACGUUAUCGAUGUGCCGCCAAGGAAUACGCCAGUAAGGAACCCCGCAGCACGAUCUACGGCGAUCGAGGAGGAAAUGGAGAGGAUAGACAAGCAGUGCGAACAACAGCUGCUUGAAGAGAGAUUGCUCGCAAUUGAACGAUGUGAGCAACGCCGUAUGGCCGAAAAGAAACGGCUGCUGGAAGAAUCUAUACGUCCGACUACAAGCAGUCCAAAGCCGCGUGUUGAACCAUAUAGACCGGCCGUUAGUUUUGUGCCUGUUAAGCCGGCAGAAACUACUCAACAAUCGGCAUAUAACCAUACGACUAGUUUUCCGACGUUUAGUCAGUGCCAGAUCUCGGCGAGAAAGUGCACGAGCAAAGAGCUUCCAGCAUUCAGUGGCAACCCGAAGGAGUGGAUGGCUUUCAUAUCGUAUUACGAGCACUCCACUGCGAUAUGCGGCUAUACCAACGGAGAGAACAUGCUGCGGCUACAAGCGUGUUUGAAAGGGAAGGCGCGUGAAGCAGUUGCUAGCUGUUUGCUGUAUCCUGACAGCGUUCCGGAGGCCAUCGAGAUCCUGAAGGAGUGUUAUGGACGUCCUGAACUAGUGGUGAACACGCUGAUGGCCAACAUAAGACGCACGCCGCCUAUAAAGGACGACAGCUUCGACACGUUGGUGGAUUAUGGUGUGGCUGUGCGGAAUUUCUGCGCAUCUAUUACGGGUUCCGGACUGCACAACUACUUUGAUGGAGGACCGCUGUUAGAGGAGCUCGUGGACAAGCUGCCGCCGUACGUGAGGCUGAACUGGUAUUACUACCAAAACGGUCAUACGCACGUCACUUUGGCGACAUUCAACGAAUGGACGAAGGAGCUAGUGCGCGCUGCCAGCAGAGGGGUCAAGCAUACUAGCGGUCGUAAGGAUGUAAAAACUGACACUAGCCAUCGUCAGCACGACCCAAGAGUGAAGACCACGAUGAACGGCACUGAUUCGGAAAGCAACAACGUACCCAUCGAAAUGGAAAUGGCCACAGAAAAGGUGCUUGGCAUGUGGUGGAACACGGAGACGGAUGUGUUCACCUUUAAAAUCUCCAAACGAUACGAUCCGCAACUGAUAUUCGACGAGGUCUGGCGUACUAAGAUCAUGUGGGACGAAGAAAUCGUUGGUAUCUUGCUUGAGAAGUGGCACGUGUGGUUAUCCGUUCUACCCAGCAUACAAGAAGUGAGCAUUCCCAGAUGUUACCGACAAACCACGACGGCCAAAGGCACGACAGUAGAACUACACGUCUUUUGUGAUGCGAGCGAAAACGGAAUGGCUGCUGUCGCCUAUUUUAGGUUUGAAGGAAGUGGGUUGAUAGAGUGUGCAUUGGUGGGCUCGAAGACAAAGGUCGCUCCGUUGACGUUUACGUCCAUACCACGGUUGGAGCUACAGGCUGCAGUACUAGGGGCACGCUUAGCAAACACGAUUAAAAAUUCGCAUCGUCUACAUAUCACACGUGAAGUAUUUUGGACUGAUUCGAAGACGGUCAUGUGCUGGAUCAAUUCGGACCAUCGCAGAUACAGUCAGUUUGUCGCCGUACGUAUAAGCGAGAUUGUAGAAACGACAAAUGCAGCUAACUGGAAUUGGAUAUCCACCAAGACCAAUGUAGCCGACGAGGGCACUAAGUGGCAAAAACUACCCGACCUUAAUCCAGGCAGCAGAUGGUUCCGCGGACCCGAUUUCCUCUGGAAACCAACCAACCUGUGGCCGAAUACUAAGAUGGAAUCGAGUGAGACGGAUGAAGAAGUGCGCCACCAGUUGCUUCAUCACACACUAGACUCACCGCUGAUAGAUUUCACUCGAUUUUCUAAGUGGAAGAGACUGCAGAGGACAGUUGCGUACGUUUACCGUUUUAUGCGUAACUGUCAAGCAAGAACAUCGAAGGGGGCCAAGCAAACUGGAGCGUUGGCGCAAGAAGAAUUGGAGUUUGCGGAAUAUGCAAUAUACCGACAAAUUCAAAACGAAGAAUAUGCGGAUGAUCUUCGGCGACUAAGCGAUGGUGAGCUACAAAAGCAUCCGUGGAAGCAGCCUAUCAAAAAAUCGAGCACGUUAUAUAAACUGAGUCCGAAGGGUAUGCCGCUAGAAUUUGUUAGUGAUCGAGGCACUAACUUUGUCGGCGCAUCGCGCGAGCUUAAGGAAGCGUGUGCGCUAAUCGAUUUGGAGCGGUUGAUGGCUGAGUUUGUGCACCCUGGGACGAAAUGGACGUUCAACCCACCAGCAGCACCCCACUUUGGCGGGUCAUGGGAGCGACUGAUCCAAUCAGUGAAGAAAACGCUUUCGUCCUUCAAUCUACCCCAUCACCCUACAGAUGAGCUGCUCCGGGCUAGGUUGAGUGAAGUCGAGUUGAUAGUGAAUUCGCGGCCACUGACGGAUGUUCCGGUUGAGGACGAGGCCGAUCCACCACUAACGCCUAAUCACUUUAUUUUAGGAAGUUCAAACGGAAGCAAGCCACCGAUACCGUUCGAUGAUUCCAUCCCAUCUGUACGUAGGUCCUGGAAGUCAGCACAGCAGUUUGCAGAUAUGUUUUGGAAACGAUGGGUGAACGAGUACCUACCGACGUUGACGAGACGAACAAAGUGGUUUCAGCCGACAAAACCGCUGGAGGAGGGCGACCUGGUGCUGAUCGCAGACGGGAACAAUCCUAGAAACUGCUGGCCAAGGGGACGGAUUGUCAAAGUGUGUCGUACUAUCGACAAUCAGGUGCGUCGCGUGACGGUACAAACGUUAAGUGGUUUAUUGGAGAGGCCAGCGGUGAAUAUCGCACUAUUGGACGUCGGCACAACGAAGAUAGGCUUAGUAAAAAAAUGCGAAGAACGUGGCUUGACUACAGGCGGCACCAAAGAAGAAUUAGCCACGCGUAUCGUCAACUAUGACGAACAGGCGGAAAGCCUGAAUCAAACGGAUCUGGCCUCUUAUGCGGAUGCGGAAGAGACGCAGCGACCGCCGCAGCCAGCCCAGCCGUAUUCCUUUCGAGAUAUCGAAGAAGGAAUCGAACCAUUUACCGCCAGAACCAACCAAGAUGUUAAUCGGUGGCUAAAAAACUUUGAUGACGUUAGUGCAAUGGUCGGCUGGAACGCUGAUCAAAAGCUAAUAAUGUGUCGCAAGAAAAUGAGUGGUGUGGCUCGUAGUUUUCUAGGCACGUUGCCGAGCUUGACAACAUACCAAAAAUUGCGAAAUGCUCUUUCCAACGAAUUUGGACGAGCAGUGCGAGCAAGUGACGUACACAGAAUCCUUUCGACGCGGCGAAAGAGAAAAAAUGAAACGUCCUUAGAGUUCAUCUACUCGAUGCAAGAAGUGGCCCAACAAACAAGCUUAGAUGAAGCCAGUUUGAUCGAGUACAUAGCGGAUGGACUCACGGAAGACGAAAAUCAGCGCGCAUUGUUCUACGCAGCAGAAAAUUUGGCAGCGCUCAAGGAUAAGGUUCGGUUGUUUGAGCGUGCAACCAAUAAGAAGACGGAGCCGAAAACCAACAAUCGAAAGGACAGUAGGGUUCAGCGUGUUGUUGAAAGUACAAAGAAAAGGUUUUGUUAUAACUGUGGUGACGUCGGUCACGAAUCGCAACAGUGUCCCUCUAACAAAAGCGGUCCGAAGUGUUUCCAGUGUAGUAAGUUUGGUCAUCGCGCGAAAGAGUGCAAGGCGACAUCGUCCCCGCCCUCAAAAGUACCAAAUAACACGCAGGCAAACAAUGCAUCCGGUUGUUUCAAGUGUGGUCGUAUGGGACACAUAGCGAAGAAUUGCGAGAACAUUAAUACAGUAGAGUGCUCCGGCGUCCAAAGCGACAUGGUAACAACACGUAAAUUACCACUAAAAUGUGUGUCUGUGUAUGGUAAGGAGUGUCAAGCGCUGAUAGACACAGGAAGUGAAGUUUCACUAAUAAGAGACGAUAUUUUUGAGAAAUUGCCUUCGAACGGCAAGAUGUGGACAAAUUCGGUGCGAACGUUGAGAGGAUUGGGUGGACAACCACAAAACGGAUUCAAAGAAACACAGAUCCCUGUUGAGAUAGAAGAACAAUCGUAUGACAUUCGGUUUACUGUAGUUCCUUUGGAAGCGAUUAGUGCACACAUGAUCAUAGGAAUGGACUUCUUAAAUUCGGUUGAAUUUAAUAUAAACAAUAACGGUAUUUCAAUAACUCCGAAAACGCCCAAUGGAGAGGGUCAGUGGAUCUAUAGCAUUGAUCAAGAAAACGAUAAGUAUCAGGUUCAUCCAAAGUACCAGAAAGUGAUAAAAGAAAUGGUGGAAAAAAUUCAGCGUAAUACCGAUAACCCUAUGGGUAGUGAAAAACAAAACACAACAGAGACAUGUCCAGUUAUGUUAAAAAUCACACCCAUGGAACAAAUAACACCUUUUAGACAUCCACCAAGCAGAUUAUCCUUAGCGGAAGUAGAAUCACUUGACAAUCAAGUGGACGAGUGGUUGGGAAAAGGCAUAGUACGACCCUCUACGUCGGAUUUUGCCAGUCGCGUUGUUGUUGUUAAAAAGAAAGACGGUUCUAACCGCGUGUGCGUCGAUUAUAGGAAAUUGAACUCGAUGAUAUUAAAAGAUGGGUUUCCUAUACCAGUGGUGGAUGAUGUACUACAGAAGUUGCAAAAGGCACAAUGGUUUACAGUGAUGGACCUGGAAAACGGAUUUUUCCAUGUCCCGAUAGAAGAAGCAAGUAAGAAGUACACGGCUUUUGCAACAAAAAGAGGGUUAUAUGAGUUUAACCGUGCGCCUUUCGGGUUGAGUAAUUCACCCGCAGUGUUUAUCCGAUACGUAAACUAUGUGUUUCGAGACUUAAUCGCGGACAAUGUACUUGAUUUGUACAUGGACGAUAUGGUUAUCAGCGGAACAACAGCUGAAGAGUGUUUGAUGAAAACCGAAAAAGUGUUGGAAAAAGCCGCUGAUUACAAAUUGGCCAUUAAGUGGAAAAAGUGCCAGUUUAUGCAGAGAGAAAUCAAUUUUCUGGGGCAUAAAGUGAAAGAUGGGAAGAUAUCGCCAGGUCUCGAAAAAAUUAGUGCUGUGAAAAAUUUUCGUAUCCCGCAAAACGUAAAAGCUGUCCAAGCGUUCCUUGGAUUAACGGGAUUCUUUAGGAAAUUUGUCAAAGACUAUUCGAAAAUAGCUCGCCCUCUCACAGAUCUGUUGAAAAAGGAUUCGCCUUUUCAAAUGGCAACGCAGGAAUUAGCAGCGUUCAAACGGUUGAAAGAAGAAUUAGUAAAGGAACCAGUUCUAAUGCUUUAUCAACCAGGUGCAAAAACGGAACUGCAUACUGACGCUUCGAAAGCUGGGUUUGGGGCUGUAUUGCUUCAAGUUGUAGAUGGAAAACUACAUCCGGUUUAUUUUUGGAGUAAAAAGACCAGCGAAUCCGAGGCCAACAAACAUAGUUAUGUUCUCGAGGCGAAAGCAGUGUUUUUAGCAACAAAAAAGUUUCGCCAAUAUUUGUUAGGGGUGACGUUUAAAUUAGUUACUGACUGUGCGGCAUUUAAACAAACACUGAAAAAAUCAGAUGUUCCACAAGAAGUGUUACCGUGGGUAAUGUACCUUCAAGAUUAUUCUUUCGAAGUGGAACAUAGAUCGGGAAAACAAAUGCAACAUGUGGAUUGUUUGAGUCGGUACCCGGUAGAUGUAAUGGUCGUGACUAGUGAAGUAACUGCACGGAUUAGGCUAAAUCAACAGCAAGACGAAAUGAUUAGAGCGAUAUGUGAAAUCCUAGAGACGAAGUCGUAUGGGUCAUUUAAAAUGAAAGGUGGGCUCUUGUACAAUGUGGUCGAUGGACACGAUGUGAUAGUGGUUCCCCGUAAUAUGCAUAAACAGAUAAUCGAGGAGGCCCAUAAUGAUGGUCAUUAUGGUGCGCAGCGUACGAUCCACAACAUCAAACAAAAAUUCUGGAUACCGCAUGUGGAACCGAAGGUGAAGCAACUAAUCAGCAAUUGCGUGAAGUGUAUCCUGUACAACAAGAAGCUGGGUCGGCAGGAAGGCUACUUGAAUCCUAUUGAUAAGGGAAACGCACCGCUACAUACUCUUCAUCUGGACCAUGUCGGGCCUAUGGACGCUACUUCCAAACUAUACAGGUACUUACUAACGGUAGUCGACGGUUUUUCUAAAUUUGUUUGGUUGUAUCCCACCAGGACCACGAAUACGGAAGAAGUGCUUCAAAAACUCCAGUCCUGGUCAGCAAUUUUCGGUUACCCUACGCGAGUGAUCACUGAUAGAGGAACGGCGUUUACCGCCCGAGCGUUUGCCGAGUUUAUCCAGAGCCAAAGCAUCGAGCAUGUUGUUACUACAACCGGCGUUCCACGAGGGAACGGACAGGCCGAACGUAUUAACCGAACAGUGUUGGCAAUUCUCAGCAAGCUAUCGAUGGAGGACCCCUCUAAGUGGUUCAAGGAAGUGAACAGAGUCCAACGUGCGAUAAAUGGACAUUAUCAUGCUACGACGGGAAGGUCACCAUUCGAACUGAUGUUUGGGGUUAGAAUGAAAAAUACGACAGAUGAUUUGUUAAAGGGAAUAUUGGAAAAAGAAUGGUAUGAUGAAUACGAAAAUGAUAGGCAAGAGAUAAGAAAAGAUGCUAGAGAUGCCAUUGAACAAGCGCAAAAAAGAUACAAGGAACAAUUUGACAAGAAAAGAAAACCUGAACGAGGUUAUAAAAUAGGAGAUCUAGUGGCAAUCAGACGAACGCAGUUUGUGGCCGGGAGAAAGUUGGCCAGUGAAUUUAUAGGACCUUAUGAAAUUGUAAAGGUAAAUCGUAACGGACGAUACAAUGUAAAGAAGGCAGCAAAUUGUGAAGGCCCUACCAUCACUUCGACAAGUGAAGAUUGCAUCAAAUUGUGGGUGUAUGCGUCGAACAAUGAAAUAGAAUCUUCGGACGAAGAAGACGUUGAAAUUAAUUGAAAUAUUUAGAGCAGAUAGGUAAAUACUUCGAGGAUCGAAGUACGCCAGGAAGGGCCGAAUGUAAGAAUUAGGUUUGACAGCCCUGUAAGGCUAUCCAUGACGAAAAAAACAGUAUAAAAGGAGCUACGAAUAGAACGGCAGUCAGUCUCCUUGUGAAUUUCAAAACGAAAUAUCCUGAAAUAAAGACUCGAAUUUCCCCCCUUUUACAUAUAUUAAUAAAGAAACAUAAGCAAACCAAAAAUUUCUUAUCAAUAUCCGAUAAAAAAUUGGA